AUGGAAACUUCAUAUUUGUACCAUUUUACCUUGUUUUGUAUUCAAUUGUCAUCUUAGAACUGGUGAUUUUUAUGAUGUAAAAACUGAAGCAGAAAGGAAAACUUCUAUUUUUACAACUUACGUCCCAGCCUGGUGCUGUGAUGGCAGAAAGCAUUUCAUUUUUCUGAGUAGAAAUCAUCACUUUGGGAACUCUUCUGAAUUGUGUGUCACCCUGAAGAUCCAUGUACCUGUUCCAAAGCAGAUAUAAGAGGAAUUUACAUUAUGUCUGGAGUCUUUAAAAGAUUGCCCAGUUUUCUGACAUAUAUUCUCCUUCUAUUACAGCCUAAAGAAGUGAACUAUGAAGUUCUACAACUGCAUGUUGUUGUUGUCCCUGGUACUAUGUGUCAGUGCCCAGAACUGGUUCACUGAUGCUGGAUCAUUCAUAAGGGAUGCUUAUCGAGGCGCUGAGGAUAUGUGGCGUGCAUACAGCGACAUGCGGGAGGCGAAUUAUAAAAAUGCAGAUAAAUAUUUCCAUGCUCGUGGGAAUUAUGAUGCUGCCCAAAGAGGGCCUGGCGGUAAAUGGGCAGCAGAAGUUAUUAGUGAUGCUAGGGAAGGUUGGCAGAGUGACGUUAGUGGCAGAGGAGCCGAAGACACACGUCAAGACCAGGAGGCAAAUGCAUGGGGCAGAAGUGGAGGAGACCCAAACCGUUACAGACCAGAGGGCCUUCCCUCGAAAUACUAAUGCAGCCUGUAAUACUUUACAAUGGUUCCAUUUUUCUAUCAGCUGUGCAAAACCACAAUAAAUAAAACCUUAAAUUUC